GUGUGGCUCACAUAUAAACUGCUGCAUCAGCAAUUAAACAUGUAUCUUCAGCUUCUGCUCUUGUCCUUAUACUUGCUGGAAGUUGAGCCCCUGGUUGUAUAUAGCAGUGGUGAUAUUCAGUUGUAUUCCAAUGGAAGCAGUGAACUGUCCAACAAUGGAGGGAUACUCCAAGUAUAUGUGAACAAGUGGCAUGAUAUGGACCUCUUUGAUGAGCAAUGGAUCAAUGUCUGUUCCAAUGGCUUCAAUAAAGGAGCUGCAGCUGCUGCCUGUAGACAAUUGGGAUACAAUGAUGCUCUAAACUAUGGACCUUAUCACCAAUAUAAUUAUCAACUCAAUCCUAACACAUCUGCUUAUAUGAUGACUGGAGUUGCUUGUCCUUUUGUAUCUAGCUACACAAAAUAUGGUGACAAUAAUCUCUUUAGGUGCUCAUAUUUUUCAACCUUUACUAAUGACACUCACUGCACACCAGUAGCAGUUCAAUGCAUUUCUGAUCGGACUGAUUCCUCUCCUCCUUAUAAUGGUCAAGUAAUAUUAACAAAUAAAACUGAGAGAUUCAAUCGCUCCAUAGCCUCAGGAUACCUUCAGAUGUACAUCAAUGGCUCCUGGUAUCCAGUCUGUGCUAAUGUCAGCUACUUUGGAGCAUCCAGUGCUUGUAGGCAGUUGGGGUACACUGGAGUAUCUGCAAUUUACAUUGAUAAGACUUAUAAUGGGCCCGGGCUGUAUAUUGGAGAGGCAGUUUGCAGUCUUGAGUCAUUGCAGUGUCUCAGUCAUUGUUAUAAUGAUACUAAUGUAUACCGGGCUAUUAACAGUUGCCAGCUAGUGCAUCUGGUCUGUAGGUUCAAUAUUGAAGAUGCUGUUGUAAGUUCUUCUGGUUCUCAGUUCUUGUGUCAAUUACCAGUUGGACAAUCAGGCAACCCAACAGGAAACAGUUGCACCACCUCUUCUUCAUCAGUUGGACUAUCAGUAUCCCUUGGUAUAUUUAUACUCAUUACUGUCAUUGUUAGUAUACUACUAGUGUCACUGGCUCUGUGGACUCUCUGUUGCAAUAAAAACAGGAAACUCUACUCCAACAUUGAUGACUCUAAACUAAUAUCAUGAUCUGUUAUUCUGUUUGUGUGGAAUUUUUAUCCUUUUUGAUUAAUUAAUUUAUUAUUUACCAGACUUA